AUGGGCCUUAUAAAAAGAAACUUGAGUUACUUAUAUCAAUGGUUAUUCUGGAUUCAAAACUAACAUAAAAUUCAAGGCUUUUGUUUUGAGAAUGCAUUGAUAAUUUCGAAUCAGAGGAAAAAUAUAAGACAAUUUGAUUUAAAAAUUGUUUAGAAGAUUGAAGAAAAUAAAUAGAAUAGUUAAAUAUCAUAGAAAAUCUAAUUAUACAUAAUAUUAAAUAAUUUGAGUCAUUCUGAAUUUAAAAUCAAUGGUUCUUUAAUAAUUAGAUCAAUUCAUUAAUAAUACCAAAGAUUGGAUAUUACAUUUAAAUAAAACGGGAUCUAAAUGCUCAGAAUAUAGUUUCUUCGAAGAAUUAGAUUUAAUAAUAAUUAAUUAAUAAAAUAUAAAGAUGAUUAAAUUAAUUGUUAAAAUUAAAUUAAAUUACUUAAUCAAAGUUAGAUUAGAAAAAUCAAUUCUAAAUAAGAAAAAUUCAAAUUAUUUCAAGAAUAUCAAUAAUUAAAGGAUAUAUUGAACAAAUUAAAUGAAUAAACAUCAAAAAUGUGGAUAAUUUAACAACAAUAACAAAUAAAUCCAAAUCAAUUAUUAUUAAUAAAUGAUACUAUUGAAUAACAAGAAGAUUGCCUUGUAAUUGUUUUUGAUUCAACAGGGAAGAUUAUGGUUUCAUCUUGUGGAAACAAAAUUAUAAUUUGA